ACAGUAAUAUAACAUAAUAGCCUUUUCAAAAAAGAAGUGCGGAAAUUAAAGCUAGUUGUGGCAACAAUGAAGCUCUUCUUUUGCAGCCUCUUCAUUGUUCUUCUUCUUCUCCAAUAUUGUUCACUUCCAGCCACACCUCAAGAAGUUGAAAAUGAGAGAGAGUUUGAUUAUAAUCAUCAUGGAGAGAUUGGACCUCAUCGAUGGGGGGAAAUUAAACCCGAAUGGAGCGCAUGCAAUCACGGAUCCAUGCAAUCACCAAUAGAUCUAUUGAAUGAGAGAGUUGAAGUUGUUCCUCAUUUAGGGAGAAUCCACAGAGACUACAAGCCUUCCAAUGCUACCAUAAGAAACAGAGGCCAUGAUAUAAUGUUGAAAUGGGUAGAUGGUGCAGGAACUCUUGAAAUAAAUGGAACUGAAUAUGUACUCCAACAGUGCCACUGGCAUUCACCAUCUGAACAUACCAUCAAUGGCAAGAGUUUUGACUUAGAAGCUCACCUGGUUCACGAGAGCCCAGAAGGCAAGGUUGCUGUAAUUGGCAUCAUGUACACAAUCGGAAGGCCAGAUACUUUCUUGUCAUCUAUCAUCGAUCAUUUAUCAGUGGUUACCGAUAACGAAGAACACGAGGAAGUAAUAGGUGUGGUUAACCCAAGAGACAUAAAACUUGGGAGCAGAAAGUAUUACAGAUACAUUGGAUCUCUCACUGUUCCUCCUUGUACUGAAAAUGUUAUCUGGACCAUGGUUAGAAAGGUGAGGACUGUUACUAGAGAACAAGUGAGAUUGUUACGUGUGGCGAUCCACGAUGAGUCAGAUUCAAAUGCAAGACCACUACAACCCAUAAACAAGCGUCCAGUGCAGCUUUAUAGGCCAAGUGAAAAUUGAAAACGAGCGGAAUAUAUAUAGCGUUUUUUUUUAUGUAUCUAUAUCUCUAUUUUUCUAUUGGUGUCGAUCACAUUGCUUGUUAUCAUAUUUGUACGAAAUUUAUUCCAGAUUCAUAUUAAAUAAUAAAUUCAUUCGAAGAA